AUGGCGUCCUUUCGAACAGUUCCAGAGAGACUUUUGAGGCCUGCUGCACGAUCAGUUUCUGCAGGAGGACGAGGGUUUCUUUCUCCUAGGACGUCUCUAGGUAAACCAAGAAUGUAUCGGGCUGCGCUUUGCAAGGAACUCGGCAAACCGCUUGUAGUUCAAGAGGUCCCUGCCACCGAGAACUUGAAGUCAACGCAGGUUUGCUUUUAAAAAUAACUUUUGAAUACAUUAGAGACGAUAAAAAAAUUGAAAAUUUUUAGGUGGGUUACUUGGUAUCCCCGGCUUCUGUGGAAAAAAGUUACCUCUGAUUUAAAAUACCUUAAUCUCUUCAAUAUACCGUAAAAUUCCGAAAAUAAGCCCCCCCAAAGUCGUAACGCAAAAAAUCCUCCGUUAAAUCGCCCCUCCGAAUAUAAGCCCCCCCGGGGGCUUGUACUUGGAAUUUGCCCUCGAAUACAAAGUAAAACAAAGCAAAAAGGGUAAAUUUCCUUCCCACUACAAGCUAGCCCAAUCGAUUUUGAAAGGCAAAUUUCGCUCCGUACAUAAGCCCCUCCGACUAUAAGCCCCUCCGAAAAAAAGCCCCUCAAAAAGGGCCUUUGAAAAAUAUAAUUCCCGGGACUUAUUCAGGGGCGGAUCCAGGAUUUUUUUUAGGAGGGGGUGCACCCGUCUCUUGCUCUACUUCAACACCAAUAAACCACAUUUUUUUUUUGGCAGAAUACCAGUUGUAUUAGAAAACCGCAGGUCAUAUCAGGGGGGGGGGGGUGUGCACCCCCUGCACCCUCCCCCUAGAUCCACCCCUGUUAUUUCCGGAAUUUUACGGCAUAUGAAGUAAGCCCUUCUCUCAAACAAACGCUUCAAAAAAGUCUGACUUUUCUCUAAUUAGCCCCCCUCCCCCCAAAUGUCAUGUCUUAAACUAUUACGCUAACAAUCACUUUAUGUGAAAAAUACUUUGAAAACAACUGUAGUAAGUGUGAGAUAAAGCCUGGUUCUCAUUGUAUGCCGCAACCCUACUUACAACAUAGCCAUUGGUAACCAGCCAUGAUACAGAACAUAAGCCACUGGCAUCAAAAAAACAUGGCAGGUCUUGUCCCCUGGCCUGCCUGCAAAGUUGAAGUUAACUCAACUUGGCAGGCAUGCCAGCAGUAGGGGCUGAGAUGGCCUCUCCUGUUACUCCUGUUUUCAUCCCAUUAUUUUAAAGAGUACCAGCGGUUAUAUUACAGGUAGGUUGGGGGUGGCAUUUGUAACUGAAAACCAGGCUUUAGGGAAAGAUAAAGUGAGUUUGGAAAACCAUAGACUGAGCUGGGGCAGAUCCAGAAAAUUCAGAAAGAGGGGGUGGGACUAACUUUCUAGCUAGACAGUUACUGUUUAUAUAAACAUAACCCAUUUGCUCUUUGUUGAGAAGUUUUCUAGUCAUUGUCUGGCUAUGAAAAGUUAAAACUUACCACAAAGCUGUUUUCAGGUCUUACACUUGGGGGCCUUCUAAUCCAGAUGCAAAUUAUUAGCUCACUUGUUAGAGAGAUUACUUAGUUUUGAUUCUAGAAGCCCUCAUCACCCCAUCCCUUCCUCUCCCAAAUGUUAUUUUAAAGAAAAGAAGAAGUGUAAAAUUUCAUUUCCUUGUCAAAGUAAUUGCCGAAGUAGAUUUUGGAAAAAGUAGCUAAAUGAUUUUUGUCUUAUAAACCUUUUUCUUUUGUUAAAAUAUCACCAGGUCAGAGUUGCAAUUCACAGCUGUGGUAUAAACUUUGCAGAUAUACUCAUGUGUCUGGGAAAAUACCAAGAGAAACCACCACUACCAUUCAUUCCAGGUGAUAAGCUGACGUCUCUUGUAUUUUUUGAUUUGAGCUUCUUUGAAGGAAACUGAAUGUCGGUGACCUUCAUCUCCCUACCAGGAUUCUCUGACAUGUAUGUCUUGUUAGAUGGGAUGUGGAGGAGAGAACAUCUGUCUGGGGUUCAGGCCUCGCCUGUGUGGUUGUUUCCUUAGACAAAAUACUCCUAGGUAUGCUUCAUACUAAGGAAACCUGGAUAAGCUUUGGCCAUUUGGGCCUUUGGCUCAUGUGUGCCUUUACAUUUUUACCUGGGUGUAGGGUGCAGGUUGUUGGUUUUCCUUGGGGAUAGCCUGCAAGCAAGCUUUCUGGGGUGCUCUGGUGGUUGGGUGGGAAAAGGAAGGAGAUCUUCCAACUAGGUCUCUGGAAUUUGAAUUCCACCUCCAAUUCCCCUGUGGCUCCCUGUUGACUGAGCUGUCAAUUUUCCGCCAAUCUGCGUGAAGCAGAAAUGAGCGCAACACUGCUCUACAAUUGUUUCUUGAAACCUCCAUUCACAACACAAUUUUUUACCCCUUUUUCUCUUGGCUGAAUUGUAUUUUUUGGUUUAGCAAUAAUCCUUUCAGUUCCAUCCACAUAUCAUUUUCCCUUUAGUGAUCAUUUUAUUAAUUCUCAUAACUUUUCCUCUCGAUUGUGUAUUGAUAUUGUUCGGAGAAAAUUGAUGUUGAUCACUCUUGGGACCUGAAAGGUUGAAUAACACAGCUUGCUUUUUAUGGUGCAGGUUCCGAAAUUGCUGGUGAGGUGAUUGAAACUGGAGAUAAAGUAAAAAUGCUUUCGAAGGUAAUUGCUUUUUGACUUCUUAUGAAAAGAUCUGCAGACGGACGGACAGACAAACUCUUAGUUGCUAGACCUUAAAAAAAGAGAUAAAGUAAGAGGUUGGCAGAAUGGAGAUAGGAAAGAAAUACUCUUUACCCCUCACCCCCACCCAUCAGCUUGCAUAUUCUCCACGCACCUAUUCUCUAUACAUUUCCCUUGGCAAUGAUGAGGAGAGCUUGUUUAGCAAACAUACUUGGUGAUCAUUCUUUUUUUUACUGGACUUCUAUUCCCACAACUGUUUGUUAGAUUUAGCAGUGAUGUUCUAAGGGGAAAUAAAAGUGAUGGGGAUGCUCGUCGGAAACUUAAAGGGAGACCAAUGUGGGUGUGGCUCAAGCUUUAAUUGACCCCUAAAGAGGACCAUGCUAAAACAGACAUCUAAAUAAGAGUUAGCGAUCUAAAUAAUAUGGCAAUGAUGUUGUGAUCUUUUUUAAAAGUUAGAUUUCUGUGAAGUCAGUGUCAUGGCAUUUUGUGUAAAUUUCUUUAUGCACAGCCCUUAUAAGCGAUACCUGAAUGGGCAAAUUUAAUGACUUUCCAUCCCAAAGACCCUAAGUGAGACCAAAAUCUGCAAUUUACACCGCUCAGUGAGACAACGAGCAUCCCUGUCACUUUUAUAUGGGAGUCCCCACCCCGGGGUAAAUAAGUUACUGUCCUUUCUUAGAGGUUAAAGGGUUGAAUGUACCCCUUCUCCUUGAGCUUGAAAUUGCUUCUGCUAGAUCCUCGUACUCCUCCUCUGCUCCUUAUCCCUUCAGUCAUGUAGGUAUCAUAAUGCUGUUACAUAGUUUUGGGAGAAUUCUCAUGAUUUUUCUUCUUUAAGUACUAGAAAAAAAUACUGGUAUUUGAUGAAUUUCAACAUUGUGGAACUGUAUUACCAUAACCAUUCCGUCUAUUAAAAUGAUUUUUCUUUUACUUGUCCUUUUUCUAUCUUACUACUAUGUAUGAUUAUAUAUAAUUAUUUAUUGAAUAUAUAUCUUUUUUUUAGGGUGACAGAGUGCUUGGAGUAACAUUACUUGGUGGGUUUGCUGAGGAGUGUGUUGUGGAGCAAAGUGUAAGAAAUCUUCCUUUAUGACUUUUGUAACAGUUCAUAACACUACUGUAGUGCAUGUUAUAAAUUAGCUUGAUUCUCAAAUGCUCCAGGUCACUCACAGCCAUGUACUGUCUCCCAGGCUAGUAACAAUUAAGUUUUAUUGUUUUUGCAAGUUGUUAAUCAGGUGUAGCCAGGAGGAUUCAUUAAAUUGUAUAUUCCAAAUGUUUAUAUGGGGAGGCUCCGCCCUAAGGUCCAACCCUACCCAUUUAUAUACCAUUUUUCACGAAAAAGGUACCCCUUUUGUGUACCUUCUAUUGACAAAUGGUACCCCUGUCCCACACCUUGUUUAGAACUUUGCAUCCCUUUUAACUGCUGUAAAUGCACUGUCUUUGAAAUAGGAAUCAAUCACAAAAAUAGAACAUUUUCUUGACUUUAAAAAGCCAUAAAAUUCAUCUGUUAGCCCUAUUGGGCCCUGUCAUGGACUCAAAUGACAGGUUUCCCUAGCGUCUUAUGUACUUCAACCAGUGAAAUUCCUACCCUUUCAUAUACCUGAAGCCUGAAAAAGGUACCCCUUUCUGGCACAGACUCCCCAUAUAGGCCAUUAUAGGGACUCUUAGACCAUGUUAUGGAGAGGCACUUAGUCAUUCUAUGGAUGCAGUCCAAUAUGGUGUUACCAUUCAAAUAAAACCUCUGUGGCAAAACUUUUACCUGGUACAGUUGAACCUCCACUAACAGCGACUUCUCCUCAACAACCACCUCUCUGCAACAUCCACUUUUUUGUCCUGGGAGACAGCCCAUACAUUGGCUAUUUUUAUCAAACAUCUCUACAACAGUGACGGUAACUAAAAAGUGUGUCCCCAACUGCCAAAACAACUUCUCGACAAUAGCCAUUUUUUUUCAGUGACUGACUAAACAGUCAAGAGUGGUCAUAAAAAUUUGAUAUGCAUGGCACAUCAAUGUUUUAUCCCAGCAACUCUUUCACUGUAAAUACAGUAUUUUUUUAUUAGUAAGAAAAUUCUUUGGAACAUUCUUAGAUUACCAUGAUUACAUUAUUUAAGUUUUCAGGGUGCAAAGAAAGUCAGUUUUACAGUUUGCCAUUCGGGCAAGCAGUACCUAGCAUGUACUAGCCUGAAAAAAAAUUUAUGAGCAGGGUUGAUUGCAGUUCUUCUGCAAUUUGAAUUCCCCCCAAAAAACCACUUGCGGAUCGGGCAAGUUAAGAACAGGGCUCACUAGCUUGAUAGCAAAAUCCACUGGCCCCAGGUUAUUGGCCACCACUUUCUUUGCACGCUGGUUUUGUGUAUUUUAUCUAUAUAUAUUUAUUUAUGGUUGGCUACAGUAAGCGUGAACUUGGAACAAUAAACAUGUUGUACUUCCCCCCCUCCCCUCCUAAAUCAGGUGUCAUAUUACACCCCUUCCUCUCCGUAACGGCCACUUUCUUCUCUCCCCCAAGGUGGCCAUUGUGGAGAGGUUCAACUGUACUAUUUAUUUCUUAGGAUUUUACAAAGAAACAUUCAGAAUUUUUUUGUGAAGUUUUAUAUGUCCGUUAGUAGGAGUGAAAAAGUUAACUUAAGGUGAGUGUUUACAAUUUGAUGGUUUACAGGGACUUUGGAGGAUUCCAUCCAGAGUGGGAUUUCAACAAGCUGCGGCUCUUGCUGUGUCAUAUGGGACAGCUUAUGUUGGACUUACAAAUAAGGCCAACACACAGCCUGGGUAAGUAUAUAAUACUACCUUGAAUACAUGUGAGUUUUAUAUCAACAAAAUAACAUCCAUGGAUGCAGUGUAAAUAAUAGCAGUACUCAUUCUACUUGUGAAUCCCUGGUAUUCCAUGUGUGUGGUUUUCCACCCCACUCCAACUGCUGUACCCCUACUUCUCCUGCUAUGCCCCUAUGUGUGUAUUAAGCCUGCCCACCCCUCUCCCCCUGCUACAUCCCCAUGUAUUUAGCUCACCUACCCUGCUCCCCUGCCAUGUCCUUGUCUGUUUAACCCACCCACCUCACUCCUCCUGCUACCUAUACAUGUCCUUAUGUGUUUAACCAACCCACCCCCCCCCUCCUCCGACAGGAAGAUCACACGUCUCCUCUCCAUUCACAUCACCCCCCCCCACCCCCUCCCCCCCUUAACCAAACAAUUUCCUUUGUCCUUACCCCCCCCACCCCCCCCCCCCCCUCCUUCCCUGCUUAACUCACACACCCCCCCCCCUCCCCUCCCUCCUCCUCACCAGCUCCUUAUCCCUUUCACCCACCCCCCCCACCCCUCCUGCUACCUAUGCAUGUCCUUAUGUGUUUAACCUACACACACCACCCCUCUAACUACAUAAUGUACGUCCUUAUGUAUUUAACCACCCACCCCACCCCUCCUGCUACAUGUAAAUGUCCUUAUGUGUUUAACCCACCCACCCCGCUCCUCCUGCUACAUAUACAUGUCCUUAUGUGUUCAACCUACACACCCCACCCCUCCUAUUACAUAAUGUAUGUCCUUAAUAUGUAUUUAACCCACCUGGCCCUCUUAUGCUGCUAUGUCCUUUUAUGGUCUAAUUCAUAGCCAGACUGUGUUGGUGACAGCUGCUGCUGGUGCUCUUGGUUUGGCCACAGUUGAUAUUGCAGCAAAUAUACUACAGGCAAAGGUGUGUAGUUUCUAAAUGAAAUGUCUCAUUAGGUAAUGAUUUCAGCAACAAUAUUAUUCAUGAAGACAAAAGAUGUAGGAUUAGUAUGAACAUUUGAUUGUUCAGUUUAGGUAAAAGACAAGUUUUAGUGUUGGAAUCUCGGGGAAUCUCGUUGGCCGGGUUAAAAUCCCAGUGUUGACACCAUAUGUGGGUUGAGUUUUUUGUUAGUUUUCUCCCUUGCUCCAAAAGGUUUUUCUCUGGGUACCGGGGUUUUCCCCUCUUCUCCAAAGGCAACAUUUCCAAAGUCCAAUUCAACCAGGAAGGGUAGAUGAAGAACCACUAUGUGGAUGUGCAACCUUUAAAUCGUAUUUAUUUGUAUAUUUUGUUUUCAAUCUGUGCCUUCCUUAGUUGUGAAUCAGUGGUUGUACGCUUACUCAAGAAGCAGUGGUGGAUCUGCAGUGGAGGGGUCUGGGGUCUGGGCUUCCACCUUAUUUAUAGGCCAAUCUGAGGCCCACACAGCCACAGAAAAUUAUUUUUGAGUUUGGCCCCCUUCUUCUCUCAUGGUCCUGAAGAGUCAGCCUCACACUUACUUGAUGGUCAACACUCAAAGAAGGGCUUUUUGAAUAACUUAAAAAAUCGUUGAGAGUUGAAAAAUGUAACCAAAAUAAUGAAAGUGGCAUUAAAACCAAACUUUAUUUUUAUUCCUUCAGAGGAGGUCAUCCUAGGAUUGAUAACGACAAAUUGGUGUAGCUUUUGUUAAAUCCCAUCACUGUGUGAUGAUGUUUUUGUUUUUGCCUUUUCCCUGUAUAAUUUUUCUAAAGGUUAUUGGAGCGGCAAGUAAGGAGAAGCUUGAUGUUGUAAAAUCGAUGGGGGCUUCAGCUGUGAUUGACUACAAUACUGAGAGCAUAAAAGACAAGGUAAAGGUGUUUUUACAGUGAAAAGUUGUAUAGCAAACAGUUUGCCAAACAUACGAAAAUUAGCAUAAAAUGCAUCUGUUGCAUGUGAGCUCUUGAGACUGAAAUACUGAGCUAUUUUUGCAACAGGGAGUUGACUUUUAACAGGGUAAUAAUUAUGUAUAAAUUAUUAGUUAUUAGUUUUUCUAAUAUCACACUCCGUUAACCUUUGUCCUUCACAUCGUCCCUGUGUAUGGACCAGGUAAAUCUGGUUAAUGUCUUUAUUUAUUUAUUUGACUUUAAAAUUCAUUAAUAUUAUUGUAUGUCAGAUUACCAUUAAGGAUUGUUGCUUGCACUAAAUACUCGUCUAGCAGGUUUUUUCAAAAUAGUUUUAUACACUUUAGGCCUACCCUAAAAUGUGUGUUGCAGUUACUUGCAGAUGGUCAAGAUCUGGCUUUGUUUAGAAAUUCCAUUGUUUUAUAAUUAAGAAUUUAAUUAGUCAAUUUAUUUAUUUCAGUAAUGUAGUACGUCACACACAAAAAAAGAAAGAAAGAAAGAAAAACAAAUGUAUAAUGUAUAGUGCAAAAAAAGGAAUUAAUACCUCAUCAAUCAUGUUUUAUAAUUAAGUAACAAAAUAUUUCCUCAUUUGACUGAAUGCCAGGUUAAAGAAUUCACUGAAGGAAAAGGAGCUGAUGUGAUAAUGGAAGCUGUCGGAGGAAAGGUCUUUAAUGAAUGUUUAAAAAGGUAAAUCAACUUGCCUUCACUAGCAUGAUUCAAGAAAUAAUGAAAACAUAAUGUUCGAAAUAAUCUCAAAUAACUUUUAGAGCAAACGUCAUGUCAAGUUACUUUUAAUUAAUAACACAUCAGCAAGAUGAUCCACUUCAAUUCCAUCUAACCCUAAACAGUGAUUUGUUACAGUUAAAGACAGGUUUAUUUUUUGAAAUUUCUGAUUGUUAAAUUAUCUGUUUUUGAUCCAGUAUCGCAUGGGGUGGAGUUAUUUUACCAGUCGGUUUUGCCUCAGGGGAGAUACCACAGGUAUGAAAUAGCACACUGAGCUAGCAGAACUUAUUAAAUGUCAGUUGCCUUACACAGAAUUAUAUAAAACUAAGUCUCCUCCCCCUUAACAGGCACCACUAUACGACAAACACCUAGCUAAAAAGAACACCUAGAGUUGAUCCCUGUCUUUUUUUGUUGAUUUUCUAUGAGAUACCAUCUCUCAGAGGGAUGACUCUAGGACAAAUACUAGUUAAGAUGUUUUUUUCAGUUUUCUACUGAGCCCAGAUAUCUGAAGAGUACCCUGGCCUAGUGACAAACCCUCCUUAAAGUCCCAAAAGUGAUCAACAUCACGUCUUUCCCCUGACAAUAUCCAAUCUAUGCAUAAAUCCAGAGAGAUGGUAAAAGAAGGAAAUAAUCAGUAAGGGCCAGGAAAAUGCUUCGAUUUUUUAAACAAAUUCUCUCAGCUAAAGUUUCAAGGAAAUGUAUGGAGAUUGGUCUGGAGAAUUUGUAUGUAGAUGCUGUAGUUAAUUUUUUAUCUCAGGUAAUUUUUGUUCUUCUUAUGUUUUUGGCUAUGGUAACGUUUGCUAAUGAAGUUGAAGCAAAAGAAAAAGAAAAAUUACCUGAGAUAAAAAAUUAGCUACAACAUUCAGGCUAAAAGGAUUAAAUGAUAGUUGUGAUAUGGCAGAAACUUUCACCCCUUUAAUAUUUAUGCAUGUGAAAGUGCAAUGUAACAAACCAGUUAUCAGUUAUUCAAAAGCAGUUCAGUAACUGUUUUUUAUAUCUGUCAUUUUGUAUUUCCAGAUUCCAGCAAAUAUUCUGUUGGUAAAAAACUGCUCGGCUGGUAAGAUUAUUUGGUCUUUUUUCUCUCUUUCAGAUAGAUAGGUUUGAUUUUUUUAUGCUGACCAAGGUUGUGCGCUAACUUAUUUUUUUUUCUUUUUUAUCUAUUCACAGCUGGCUUAUUUUGGGUGAGUUUUACAACAGUACAAAUAUAAUACGUCAUUUUUCAGCAUUUUCCUAAGUAAUAUUUAUUUAGUAGGAAGUUCUCAUAGGAAAAGAUUACUGGUACCUGAAGUUUGACAACUUUUUAAAACAAUGAAAUUUCUACAAAACUUUUAGAUGGGAAUGUUUUGCAACAACUGUUACAAUCACAUGGUUUUUAUCCUUUUUUCAAUACAGUGUUUAAUUUCACUAAAUGAUUUUGACUGUACAAGUUGAAGGAUUAUUUUACUUUUGUUUAUACUGCUGUGAGUGGUUUAUAGCCAAACCUUUCUAUUCAUCCUUUGCAGGAACAAUAUUUUUGUCAGUAAUUCAAUAUUUCUGAAUAUUGAUUGUCCUUAACUGGCUUUUCAAAAAAUGGCUUGUGACUAUUGAUUUGAUUCUGCCAGGGUUCGCACAUGAAGCACAAUCCAAAGUUAUUAAAGGAAUCAGUGGAUAAAUCUCUAGAAAUGCUGCAACAGGGCAAACUGAAAGGACCUCACAUUUCUGGACAGUUUGAAUUAGAUCAGGUAUCUUGGAAUUAAUGUUUCUCCUGAAUGGGAUUGCAAAAAGCCCCAGUCUUUAGAUUAAUGGAACUCUUAACUAUCAUUUCAAAAUAAUAGGUUAUUGUUCCAGAACAAAAGUUAAGGGCCCUUGUAUCUUAAAAGCAUUUUAAGCAUCCUGGCCCUGGCACUGAUCAUUAUCUAACAGUUUAGGACCUUGAUUCUAGUUUACUUUUUAGUACUGUACAAAUAAAUGCGACCAAUGGACAUGCCACUGUCAAAUGGCAAAGACACUGGCUGUUCAGGUAGGAAUGAUUUUUGCCUGAAGGAUAGCAAAGUGCUAAGCAGAUUACUUAUUUGUACAGCCAUAACGUGAAUUAAACUGCAAUCAAUAUGAUGAGUGUCAGCUUGUUCUAUUUUAAUUAUCAUAUAUUUCCGGUAUCAUACACAAAAAUGAGACAAAAUUGAACCACAACAUGUUUUAUUCUUUACGGCAAGAGAAAAAGAGCUUAACAACACUUUGUAUUUUACACAGGCAAUGUUAACAAUAAAUUAUGAUCUCUAGCAUGGAUACUUCUUGUCAAAAAAGAGUGCAAACAGUUAUUAUUUUCUUAUUUUUUCUCAGGCCAAUGAAGCUUUUAAGUUUGUAAUGCAGAGGAAGUCAACUGGGAAAGUUGUGAUAAAUACAAGAUAG